AACCAACCACGCCCAUCGUACUUUUUAACUUUUUGACGGGUUAGGCUUUAGCUCUUCUCUUCUUUCUUUCCAUUCAUGGAAGCCGUCGUUUUAUUCAAUUACACCAAAGAGCAAGACGAUGAACUGAGCCUCAAUGUUGGAGACACAGUGACUGAUGUGACCAUAAUAGAGGAAGGCUGGUGUGAGGGAACACUCAAUGGCAUUAAAGGAGUGUUUCCAGAGAACUUUGUAAAGCUCAAACCGAAAGUGGAGCAAGCCGACGUCCCUAAAUUAAGAAAAUUGCCUUAUGUAGCGGAAUCAGCAGACAACACUCGUAAACGAAGAGCCAAAGUUGCAUUUAGUUACACAGCAGAGAACUCUGACGAACUGAGCCUGCCUCUUGGGAGCACUGUAGAGAUACUGGGGGAAGAUGAGGAAGGAUGGUGGAGGGGGAAACUUGAUGGGAAAGAAGGCGUGUUCCCGUCUAAUUUUGUUCAGCUAAUAGAAGAGACGGAGGAAGGAGGCACUUCUCCUCCUCCUUAUUCCAACAUAACACCAAGUAAACCAGCUGAGAAGGCAAGGCCUCCUUCAAUGAUAGCAAUGCCAGGGCUAGGCGGUAUCAAUCCGAAUGAGCUCAGACAGAAACUUAAACCAGUUUCACCGGCAACAGGACCACCACCAAGUGAAGUAACAGCCCCUGCUCCCAUUCCUAAGUCAGCCCCAGUACCAACAAUACAAGAGUCACAGCCACAAAAGGCUAAAGUGAUGUUCUCUUAUAAUGCUGAUCAGGAUGAUGAGGUGUCUGUGACAGAAGGUGACACUGUUGAUAUUAUCAGUACAAAAACUGAUCAAGAUGGCUGGUGGAAGAUCAGAGCUGGCGGUAAGGUUGGACUUGUGCCCGAUAAUUUCUUAUCAGCCAUACCAAGCAGUGCAUCCCCCAAAGUCCCUGAAAUCGUGGAAGCUAUAGACAAUCCUCCUCUUCCCCCUAAAUCAACAGCCCCUCCAGCAGCUGUAGUCCCUAAGCCCAAACCACCAAGCACUUCGUCGAUUACUAAACAUCCAAAAUCAGCUGUGGAAUUGCCAAAAUUACCUUCCAAGCAACCCGAGCUCCCCAAGAAAGAGCCAGCAGAAUUGGAUAUCCCCAGACAAGAUGUACUUGAUAGUAAAGUAGCUAGAGAUAAACCUAAACGAACUGCUAGACCUCCUUCACGUAAUACAUCGACUGCUGACAUAUCAGAAGAGAAAGAAACUGAACCUGAAAAAGGGAAUCAGUCUCCUCCCACUAGUGGUGUUGCUCCUUGGCAGCAAGAGCUCAAGAAGCGAAAACCUAGGCCAACUCCACCCACAGUUCCUGGUGGCUCAGAGCCAGCCAAACCACCAACUACUGCAGCUAAACCUGCUCCAGAUAUCAGGCCUAAACCAAAACCAUCCAAGCCAACUCCUACAGUAACUCCUAAACCAGCGGAGCCUUCACCACCAGCACCUUCAGUGGCACCUGCUCCAUCCAAACCUACGGCUCCCAGUAAAACUCCUGCUAAUAAGGAAGGAGCAUUGCCUUCUGCUCCUGCUCCUGUUGUAGCUUCUCCUCCUGAUAAUUCUUGGAAGGAAGCAUUCGAGGAGCUCCAAGGCCAAUUCAAGACAUUCCAAGAGAAACUUAGACAAGAAAUGCAGAAAGAGAUAGAUAUACUUUCGAAGGAUCUUGAUGACGAAAGGAAGAAAGUUGCAUCGAUGCAAAUUGACAUUGAUAGAUUGAAGAAAGCACGUGAAUAUCGUGACUCGCUAUAAGAAAUUUAUUUUAAGUCUGUUUUAUUGAUUUUUUUUACUUUCGCUGUUUGAUGAACAUUAUAUACAUGUUGUAGCAGUUUUAAAAAUUAGGAAAGUAUUAUUAAAUUAUUAAUAAUAAUAAUAAUGUCAUUAUUCACAGGUUUGGAGUGACACAUUCUUUUACUAAUAUAAUCACAUCAACAAAUAAUAAUUAACUGUUUUGUGUGUUGUUUCUAAUCUCACUUUCCAAUGCACAAAUUACAAGCUUGUUCACACCUCAAUUUACACUUCGAGGUGCUAACAAGGUGUCAAAAAAAA